CGGCUACACAGGAGCAGUUUCGGAAUCUAUUUUUUUGCGGCUCCUUCGUCGAGUCGUUCGAACACAGGAUCAUUCGACUGUCGUUGAGCAGAACUCGCUAGGCAGCUUCAUAACAAUUUUUGAAUGUGAAGAAAUGAGUUUGUUCAACUUGAGGAUGAUAUUAUCAGGUACGCCGUACUUGAUUGUCUUUGCUACCCUCCUCGCCCUGUGAUUGCUCCCCAAGAACCAGUAUUCGAAUGCACCACGACAUGAUGAAUUUUCUAAUUACCCAUGAAUGCAACGCGUUAGGUAGUUAGGACUAAACACGCAUGAACGUGGGACUUCCACUCUUAGACUAGGUGAAAUUUAGUCACAACAAAUAAGAUUAUGAGUCCAAAAAUAACCUCCUUGAGGUAUUUCUUAUCGUUAAUGUAGUUACUGAUAGUUGCAACUGACAUUCCAACUUUACGCCUCUGCAUUAUCAAGUAACUAGGACUAUAUAGGUCUACAAUAAUUCGUCCCUGUGAUAACCCUUUUACGAAGAGGAUGGCGCCGAAAUUGUCUCCUGGGGCUUCGCAGAAAGGCCGCGCUUCUCUGUUGAUGUCUGAAGAAAGCUCCGCUCGAAAAAGAGGGCGCAGUAGUACUAGUUCUGCAAAAGUUCGUGGGGGGUCAUUGAUGAAGAAACAAGCUGUUCGCAGUGGCGAAGAAGAACAACCUCCAGAAAAAAAUACUUCAUCUACUAGCACGGCAAGUGGGAGCAGAAGAUCAAGAGGUGAGAGCUUGCAGAAGAUGGCUCCUGCAAGUGAAAGCCAAAGCGGAAUGAACAAGAUGAACCACAUGAAGUCUCGGUCCUCUUCGAGCAAGCGGAAUCAGGUGGAGAAAGGAGACGAAAAAAGAAAAACAAGGAGUCGCAGUCGUGGUAGUGCUGCUGCUGCCGCCGCUAUUCCAGAGAUAGGGGCAAGAGGUAGGAAUCGCGGCAGUGCGCCUCUGCUGGCCGCAGAAACGACAACAAGAAAAAGAAGCCAGAGCAUUUCCUAUACCCCUGUUAUGAAGAUGGGCGUAAAAACGCGAAGUCAGACUCGUGCUCUUUCUAUGAAAGCAGAGGCUUCGCGAGGUAGAAAAAGUUUGAGCCCUGGUGCGGCUGUAGCAGAAGAAGGAGGGACAGCCAGAAGUCGGAGUCGUGGUGCACCAGUCCUUGAUGUUGCCGCUGAAACAUCCACUUCUGUCUCACAACCUAGCAGGAAAUUACGUAAAUUAUCGUUAGAAGAAUGUACUAGUCCACCCAAAAAGAGGAACAAAGAGAACAAAUUUUCCUCGACGAGAUCUUCAGCAUUGAAAGGACCAAGGAGGCGGUCAAGCCCUCCCAAGAAACAACAGGGGAACCUAAAGACGCAUGCGGAGGUGGAUCGAGCCGACGAGGAUGAUCAUAGAAGAGACCUUCUAGUUCCAGAACCAAAAAGGAGUGCUGGUAAAAAUGACAAAAAAAGUAUUGCUUCGCAGGCGCACAUGAGGACAGGCGAGAAGGCCGAAGACAAUAAUGAAAGGGUUGCACUACAUGAAGAUGACAGCAGUGAUGGCGGGGACGGAGACACAAGAAAUGGUCUGCUUACUGUACUAGAGGUCAAAACUACAUCUUCGAAGAGUGGUAGAGUAGACCGAACUGCUCUUGAUCCUUCCUGUCCGGCGUGCCAGAAUCCUAUCAAAAAGGUUAAGCAUACAUGUGCGAGAGCAAGAAGUGCCAAAAGUAAGUCGCCAGUCAUGCCAAGGAUAAAUAUGAGAUCAAAUUCUAAGAGAGGUAGUGCUCAGCAAUAUGCAUGGCAGGAGAGCCAUAGUACGCAUAUUACAACGUCAGCAAGUACUACUAGACCACAUCAAGCGAAUCAUACUACAGCUUCAGCAAGUAGACCACAUCUUCAAGCGCAGCGGCGAAGACAAACUCCUGAUGUAGUUGUUUCUCUUGUCGACCACAACGUUGAGGGGGAGGAAAAUGACAUUGUCAAAAAAGAUGUCACAAACAAUAAUGGAAAUGAGAAGCACGACUCUCAACAACAGGAACAGCAGGGAGAGCACCAAACUGUACUAGAAUUAAGGGUUGGGAGUUGACCUACCAUCUAAGAGCAUCUCUAUGGCUUCUUCCAGUAGGAAAGCUAUAGAUAUGCGACCUACUAGAGGGGGGCCAACUUUCAACUCCUAAUAGAAGUAGUGGACCUGAAGUCGCUAGAUUGCGAGGCUCUCGUCGAUGCGCGACAAUUAGAAUACACGAGGCGUCGGCUUGCGGCACAACUGAAUCUUCUGCCGGGAGCGUCACAGCAUAUUUCAGAUUAAGGCCAACUGAGUCACUAUCCUAUACAACCAAUGUUUGCUAGUCCUAUUAUAUAUACCUCUUCCUUUUGUCUAUCUUUUCUAGGUAGGUCGGCUCCACCACAGACAUUGAUACUACAACCGGUUAGUUUUCACCUCUAUCCUUAGGCUUAUCCCUUCGAACAAUUAUCGAACUAACUACAACAACUUUUGUUGUACUGCUCCUGUGUGGACCGAGGACUCAGGAACUACAAAUAUUCAAUUUAAUUCUCUAGGAAGACCUUUUUUUCAUCGAUCUUCAUUAAUGAGCAUAAAUGGUCCUUUUCACAUCUUCAAUGAGCUCACCUACGUAUCUUAGAUAAAUACCUCGCUCUAAUCCAGCCAGAUCAGUAAGUGCAAAGCGCAGUACAAGCCCAGUAGCAUGUCUUCUUGCUCAAAGCGAGGGCCACUAGAGCAAAUUAGUCGUCUUGGCGGCUCGCCCUCACUGACGCUGCAGAGCGUGAACAACACUGCGCUUCUUGAACAUCUAGAGGAUGUGAAUAACAUCAACAACAACAAUUUAAUUGGUGAGAACAACAACAUCAACAACCUGAUACAUUUACAGCCGGGAAGACGUAUGACCAGGAAACGGGCAGCCGAAGCACUUGCGAGUUUGAGUUCUAGUGCGUCCCCUUCGCCGUCGAAGAAUUCUGCAGUACAAUCUAGAAGGAAUUCUCUUGGAGAUGGAGGCUUUGAGGACAAUGAAGAUGGUACACUUUGUCUUGCUGCUAGGGGUGCGGAUGUACUAGCAGGAGAUCAGCUACAGCAGGUGGUACAGAUAGGCUACCUCACUGAAUCCAUCUUUUAGCCCAUCUGUGAGCGGCUGUUUUCACAAGUAGAAAAUAGCGGAGGCAGAUGAGGGAAAAGAUGCUGAAUUCUUGCAGUGCUGUCGAGUUCUAAUACGUCAAGAUCUACUGCUGGACAACUCGGUGAACAACAGGAGCUGCUUGGAGAAUUCUGGCAGGAUAGAUUUUUCCAAGCUGAAGCGAGGACGCCGUCGCGAGGUGAACGCAAAUGGUGGUAAGAGAAGAACGAACAUAGAUGCAUUUACGAACGGCAAAGUACUAGUGCGAGCACUAGGCGAGCCUGGAAGGAGGAGAGGAUCAUCUUCCUCCCCAAACAAGAUGAAGACAGCAAAGAAACAGCGAAUAUUUGACCAAAAGCAAGCGCUGGUGUUAGAAAAGCAGGAGAAGUGUUUUGUUCGCCAACGUUUAGAUUGGACUAGGAAACGACGCGCAGCACAGUUGGCGCAGAAGGAGAAUGACGAUAUUUGUUUUCAAUGUAAGAAAGCUACAGAGAAAAAGGGUGCAUUCUUGCUCUGUUGCGAUGGCGACGGGUGCACCAAAAGUUUUCAUCUUUUAAGAACGGGAGAAUCGUUUGUAAUUGUUGGUAAGCCGGAGGUGUCGAUGUAGUAAGUAAUCAAUGUUGUUAAUUCCUUGAUUGGAACAAAGAAAUUUCAAAAAAGAAUCUAAGGAAAUUCUUCGUAAUUAUAGAUGCAUCCAUCCACGAACAAGAAUUCAUUUCUACGACGUCCUCCUCCUGACUCUAAUCUUCGCCUGCGUUGGGCGCAGUGUCCGACCUCUUGAGACAGAGUGGCUUUGUCCCUACUGCGGAGGGCCUGAUCAGCUAGUAAAGGUCGACAAACGCAAACACAUGAGGAGGGAACUAGACAUUCAGAAUGACGGAAGCUUUCAACUGCAGUUGGAGAAGCUGAUACAUCACUGCGAAACGUGCACGAAGGGGAGCUUAGUUAUGCUCCAAGAAAGUCAAAACAGAAGGGAAAUCAGUCAAGAAAAUAAUUAAAGACCUUCAUGGAAGGCAUUGCAAACACCUCCUGCUAGGCACAUUCACUCACUCAAUCGUAUAAUCUAUUCGCUGCCAUGGUGGAUCUUUUCCGGGUCCUUCUUUGGCUCGGGUUUGCCAUAUUUCCCUCCUCUUCCCUUGUUCCUUGCUUACUCUUUCGCUCCCCUUUGUGUCUUGGUCUUUACAGUUCCUUCGCCUUGCCUCUUCUUGAAUACAACUACUACUACUAGAUCUCAUACUAAUCUUUCUGUUCCUCUUAGUUCGCUGCCAUGGCCAACAUUGGUAUUUGUUGAGAAGAGAGUUGUAGUUCAUACGAAGAUAGUACUUCGGUCUCUGUCGUCAGAGGACGACGAAUAUUUGUAUCAAAACGCUCUAAUCUGAAAGUCGUCAGAAAUAUUUUUCCGAUUAACUUCGCGCCACGGUCAUGGACAACUUUCUUCAGCAGGUCUGGUCAGCAAUCCUUAGCAGAUUCGUCUGGAGUUGGUGAAGGAAGGACCACAGUAGUAGCAGCGGCUUCUACUUCAUCCUCUACGAAUUUCAUGGAGGAGGGUGGACUCCCUCUGGGUGGCCUGACGCUGGGAAACUUUGGAGGUGGUGGUGCUUUCACAACUGCAGGAGGUUUUAGUACGCUUGGCGCUUUGACUCAGGGAGGUGAGCUAGAUUUAGGUGGUGGCGAGGAAUCCGAUGCUGAUGCUAGUGGUAGUGAUGUCGAGGGCAAUCAUAAUUCGAGUAACCACGACACGACCAAUCGGCGACGAAGAACUCGAGGUACUACAGGUGGCCGUAAUUAUAUGACACGUGGGGAUCAGCGUUAUUUUGCACUUCUAGCCAAUUGCAGAUCUCACACCAGUGGUCGAACUCCGAUGGGCACACUGUUGCAAACGCAAGCGGACAAGCCAGAUAGUCCCAUACCUUGGAAGAUAGCUGUGAUCCUAUUUGCGAACGGCUGUGACCCAUUGCAGGACUACACGGCGUCACCAGGAUCCGUAGCAGGAUAUGCGUCACGUUACUGCGCCACAACGAUCAAUCCGAUGGUUUUUGUGCAGACACAGAUGAUCGCCUUGAUGGAUCAAUACGUUGGGAUGAUGGGAGGUCCUUGUUUUUCUAGCGUUAUUAGUUUUCUUGGAAUAGUACAUAGUAGCUUUUAGUUUUUGGAAUACAUAGAGAUUUGUACUACAACAACUGCAGCGUAGUUUCUACUUUACCACUGUGUUCUAUUUGUGUAGAAGUUGAUGUCGUCUUUGAUGCCACCAUGCAAAACGUGUACCUGAUAUCAACACAGGUAUGACAUCAUCCUCAAGGACAAUGAAUGGGUGGCCAAUUGCGCGUCCUUUGCAGGCAUCUGGUGUCGAAACUGUAGGGGACUCAAGGGCAGAACGGCAUCGCGCUCGAAAACAGAGAAUGCUUAUGCAAGGACACCGGAAUCAAUGCGACCGGCAAUACCACCCAGAACAAGUUCUUGAGGCGAAUUAUCCAUCGCCACCAGGAGCAACUAAUAGUAGUAGUAGCAGCAGCAGUAGUCCUGGCCCUAGUGGGAGCUCCGCGUCCUCUACCUUGCUUUUAAGCAAGUCUGUCCAUACAGCGGGUCUCUCAGGAGCAACAUUUUUUCAACAGAACGACUCCUCUAGUACGUCAGCGCAGGCAAAUAAUCCUCGUAUGCAAAUAGGAGGCUCAAGCUCCUCUUCUUGCGUUCCAUCUAGCUUUCCUCGGGGAUCACCUCUCGUUGGUACAGCAAGCACGCACCACGAGGGUGAGAUCAUAGUAAUAAAGCGCGAGGAAUUGUUCAGGCCUCGCAGUAGACUGGGAACUGGAGUCACAGCAGGAGAGUCAUAUCAAUCACAGAGCAGCUCCUCAACGUUCUUGCCUAAUGCAUUCACAAGUACAUCAGCAUCGACAUCUUCCUCUUCCUCUGUCGGGUUCGCGCCUUACACGUUUGACCAAGAAACUUCAACUUGGUUAGCAUCGACACACGGUAGUACCAAGGCUUUACAACUUCCCGUAGGGGAAUCUGAAGCAGUAAAAGGGCCUUCUGUACUAGAGCGACCAGUAAGAAGAGAACGAACUGCGCAACCUCAGCUUCCUGUGUCACAACAACCAGUUGUCUCGUCAACUUCAAGUUCCUCAAGCCUACUACCCAGGACAGCGAACAAAGACGAAGAAAAUGAGUUAGAUCGUUUGCCGCGUUGGGCUGACGCACGUUUGAUUCAGAGAGUACGUCCAAAAAGAAAGCCUAGAAGGAGCAAGCUUAGUAGUCCUGAAAACAGCGAGGCAGAAGGAAGCGUUGACGAUGACGAAUAUAGCACUGCGAUGGCGAGCGACAUGGAACCACAACUGCGAGGAGGAGUGCCUAAGCUAGUACCGGGUGUCACUGCAGCUAGUGCAUCAUCGUCGUCUGCGACCACGACGAGAGUGAUAUUUCAUCAUGGUGAUACUGUGGAGCAAACGUUGUCGAGUAAUACGUUUCUGGGCGUCGAUAUCAGUGACACAGCGUCUGGCAGUUUUCCUAGCGACUUUUUUCAGCAGGCGGACUACCUUCAACAAACGUCGAGUCAACAUGCCGUAAAUAGUAAUGCAGAUUUUUUGAACAUGAACAACGUGCCAUCAACGGGGACUCAAGACGAUCUUGUUGCCUAUCAGCAUGAAGAUGGCCAAGCGUCCACUCCAGGUCUCUGGGUGAAUGGCCAUGAAGUAAAGGACAAGCGCACCCAGCAUCUUCUGCGCAUGUGGGGACGCUACGUUCAGCUGUUUUUCGAAGGCAAACGAUCUACCACAGCACCCUUUCUCCACUCUGGGGUGUUCCCUUUUCUCUUCCCGCACGUUGAAGACGAGGCUUCGUGGGAGAGACGGAAAUGGUUGUGCUUGUUAAGGGCGUUUAGGGAUCGGCAAACGGUUGCUUCUAGUUCAGUGGCGUUUGCAAAGAGGAUAGAUCAAGCGUUGGGUUUGGCAGGGUCAGGAGUAAGUUCAGAGGAAGAAAUCAUGCAAGAUGCGCCUAGUUCCGCUGCUGCUGUCGGACCUAGUAGUAGCAGUCUAGUGAUUACAUCUGCUUCUACAACUACUCUCCUAGGAGACGCGCAACAACAAGGGACGAAUAACAAGUCUACAACAACAUCUUCAACAAGUCCUCGUUUUGCUUCGAGUAGUAAGCCGAAUGCAGUAGUGUACUUGAGGAAGCAUGGCCGUCUUCUCAAUUCUGUGCUAGACUUGCCGGAUGAAAUGUUCCGAAAAGUGGCGAGCUACAUGUAA